AUGACGGAUUUCUUCUCACGACAUUUCUCUAAAUCUUCUAGCAACGCCAAUUCUUCCUAUCUCGAAACCAACACAAAAGCCUACGACUACACCAGCACAUCUCAAACUCUCUGUAUCCGCGCAUCCACGACGAAUCCCGGCCUUCUGGUUGUGCAAUAUGACGGCGCUCCACAGAACACACCACCGUUAUAUUCCAUUGCCCCCCACGCCAUGUCGCCAGGCAUGCUCAUCGUCUACCGCGGCCUUCCCGAUCCCACGGGCCAGGCGGGCCCCAUUGGCCACAUCACACGCAGCUCGGAGACCUCAGCCGAGCUGAACAUGCGCGGCUGUGCCAUGAAUCAUAAGAUGAGCCAACUGUCGGGCGACUUUUCCGUUACCGGCACGCCGAUGGGCACGCUGAAGUGGAAGGCCAGCAAGCUCACGGGGGGCUCGACUCUCACGCUGUGCGACGGCAACGGCAGGAAGCUGGCCAAGACGAAGUCUAAGAAGGCCGGGUUUGGCGAUCAGAAAAUCGAGAUGCUGGUCCCAUAUGAUGAGAUGGUGGUUGAGAUUGCCGUGGUGACGGCGUAUCAGGCCAAGGCGGUUGCGGACCGAAUGGUUGGCGCCGUCGUGGAGGUGAUGCAAGCCGUUUCUGGGACUUAG